AUGCAAAUGAACAACACAAUUGAGUCAACUGAUGCCACAGAUGAUUUGGGUGGGCGAAGCAGUGGUAGUUUCGGCUUUGGCAUCGGCAUUUCCUUUGGACUCCUCGCAAUAUUAGCAAUCAUUACUUCUGGUUCCUACAUCUGCACUCGAUGGCGCAGACAGCGUAGUGCUAUGAACCGUCACCCCUCCUCGCAUAGAAGCUCCAUAGACACCACCAUCGAUGAUGACUCGGUCACAAUUCAACAAGGACUCAACGAAGCCACCCUCCACACCUACCCCAAACUCCUCUACUCCCACGCCAAGCUCCAUGAAGGCGACUCCAUUACUUCAGGCUGCUCCAUAUGCUUGGUUGACUAUAAAGACACUGACAUGCUUCGUCUGUUGGCUCACUGUGGUCACCUCUUCCACCAGAACUGCAUCGACCCCUGGUUAAGGUUUCACACAACGUGCCCAAUCUGUCGAACCACACCAAUGCCCACUCUCCUAGCAACCCCUCUUACGGAGGUCGUCCCCUCUUCAGCACCACAAAACUGA